AUGUCGUCAUCAUUACAAUCGAAUAACAACUCAGCUCCAUGUGCCGCGUGCAAGAUUCAGCGAAGAAAAUGCACACAAGAUUGCAUUUUCAAACCCUACUUUCCUUCCAACAAUCCUCAAAAGUUUCUCUACGUACACAAAGUGUUCGGUGCUAGUAACGUAGCAAAGCUACUCAACGAGGUGAACGAGUCGCAACGUGAGGAUACUGUGAGUUCUUUGGCUUAUGAAGCGGAAGCGCGUUUGAGGGAUCCUGUUUAUGGUUGUGUUGGGCUUAUUUCGUCGCUUCAGGAUAAACUCAAAAGCGUUCAGAAUGAACUGAAUAAUGCCAAGAAGGAUCUUGCGAGUUAUAUUGGUCCUCAGGCUUAUCUUCCUCCUCCGAUGCCGCCGUUGCCUCCGCUGAAUAUGAAUGCUUUUUAUACUCAGCAACAGCGUCAAGAUGUUUUUGCAUAUAAUGGUGAUGAUGAAAACUUGUAUUCUAACUUUCAAACGCAAUCUUUUCAUCAUCCCUUAAUGGUUUCUUCACAACAACAACCCUAUAAUGGGUUUUGCUCCAACAAGGUUUUCAAGAUGGAAAGACAAAACCUUCCAUAG